AUGUACUUACGCAAAUGGAGUCCAGUAAAAUAUUUGAUGUACCUAUGGCUAGCAAUUCUGGUCUGGAUAUUCUGUCGGUGUGAUAGUGCCGCCACGAUGCACUUGGCACCGCCUGCGUACCAUAGCAGUGGCCUGCCGGGGGCGCCCGGGGGCCACCCGAGCUUUAGCAUUAGCAGCAGCAGCAUUAGUAGUAGUAGCGGUAGUGGUAGCGAUAGGUACGUCAGUGGUAGUAGUAGAACAACAACUAGCGUUAGUAGUCCGCUCGUUCCGGAGGUCGCCACCCGCGAACCGUUCGGUGGCGUGUGGGGCCUGUCCGGUGGUCCGAUACCUCCCCGGUUAGCCGAGGACAGUGGACUACGGGCGGGACCGCCAGAGCUGACCGAGAGUUCCAAUGCCAUCGCCAAGGAGACGCGGGUCCCCGCAGGUGGAGAAUCUAGCCAGUUCCUUCCGACGAUCGACGGCAGUAGUAUUAUGCGGCAGCUCGAAGGACCCUCGGAGGCGGACCGAGCGCUGCAGGUUCGCUGGUCGGCGCAGAUGCGCCAGAAGACCGAACGCCGCCGGUGGCACCGGAGGCGCUGGCGGGCCGGUAACCGGAGUCGCCGCGAAUCCUCGCUACCCGUCGGCGGUGGUUACUCCGCGCGCGCUUCCUACGGAAGCCCCGUCCAGCAGCAGCAGCAGUCCCUAGGUUGGUCAACGGGACGGGUGGGUCAGCGGAGGAGUCCCGGUCCUAGCGCUACGCCCAGUGGAGCACCGCGGCGCUACUGUUCGGCCCGAGAUCCGGCUACCCUGGCGUUCGAGGCACCGAUCGUGUGCGAGGCGAAGGUCAAGUCGAUGAGCGACCGGAGACCCAUCUUUGCGGCCACCUUCGAGAUCCUGGCGCUCCACAAGCUCCCGGGCAAGGGGCGGCCGCUACGGGGAACCACCGUCCGGCUGCAGUUCAAUCUGACCACCACGAACGAUUGCGACAUCUUUCGCGGGAAGUUCCGCGAGCGCGGUUUCGUCCGCGAGGAGCUCGAGCUGGGCAAGGUGUACUUUCUGUUCCUGAAGCCGAACGCGCGCUACACCAACUUCACCAUCCUCGGCCAGCCGAUCCGGAAGACGAAGCGCACCGAGACCGGCGUGCUGAAGGGCGUCAGCCCCAACUACGGUACCCGGCCCACGAUCCACUCCAUCACACCGAACGUGACGCGUGUCGAGGGCAAGCGGGUGCGGUUGGUGUGUAGGGUCGAUGGCCAACCGCCACCCAAAGUGGCCUGGUUCAAAGAUAAGCGACUGAUCUCCCGAAACGCCACCAGGUACACGCAAGUGCAUCGCAAGAUGCGGUCCGAGUUGAUCAUUUCCAACACCAGCACGGCGGACUCUGGAGAGUACGAGUGUCGGGCUAAAAAUAGGUACAACAAUUCUUCCGCCUCCAACUCGACGUUCGUUAAGAUCACCUUACCGAAAGGGAUCGUCCGGACGGAGUACUCGCGGUCCUGCACCGACCGCCACCAAAAGUUUUUCUGUCACAACGGCGGGACGUGCUUGAAAUUCGACAGCCUCGACGAAAUGGCGUGCUCCUGCCCGAAAGGAUACUCCGGCUUCCGGUGCGAAAGCAAGGACAGCGAUUUUCAACCGACCUCAUCGAACAAGCCGCAGGACUGUACAUCACAGCGAUACGCAGGUUAUUAUUGCUAACAUCCUAGGCUUUAUAACACCAAAAAAAUAAAUCAACAAACCAACCAAGAGAGAGAGAGAGAGAGAGAGCGAAGAAUCAAACGCCGUUCAAUUAACCACUGCGGUGGUGGUGGAACCGAAGGGGCCAAAGGAGAUUUUCCAGUCGCCCGAACGCGAAGAGAUCGCUUAGCAAAUGCCAAAACCAACAGCGCAGGGCAGACCGC